CGUUACUGUUUGCAGUACUUCUGUAAUGUAAUUCAAACGAUGUCUUUAUUUUGAGUACUGAUUAAUUUAAAGAAAGUGAUCAAAAUGUCGGCUUCUAUUGAUCAAAUAUUUCACACUGGCUUGCUAGAUUUACCUUGCCAUCGUUUACUUGAAGUACAGUGUCUAAAGUUGAGAAAACCUCUCGUCUGCUUAAGUCCAGUUGCAAAAAUGCAUAUUGUUAAUUAUACUUUAAAUAUAGUAAAAAGUCUUUGUGAUGCUACUGCUCCCAGUUGUAUUGGUGAUAUCAUACAAUGCAUAGAUUACUGUUUUCCGGAGAAACUUAAACCUUCUCCUCAAUUUCUGGAUGAGCUUCAAUCUCAGGUUGAGAAAGGAAAAAGAAAAACAUUGUAUAUUUCUGCUGAUAAAGUUUUUUCCUGCUUCAAGUUGGUGUUUCCACGCAUGGAAUCAAAUGUGUCCUUGUUCCUGACACAUCUGAUGGAACAUAUUAUGGGACAAAUCGUUCAGUGGGUUGUAAAUUACGAGUCGAAAAUUCAGUCAGGAUAUAUUGAGGCUACAGAUGUUCAUCAUAUCUUCAGUUUAUUUGGAGCACCAAAACUGUCAAAAUCACCAGUUUGUUAUUCCCUCCCGUUCCUACCUAGAAAGUCUGCAGAUUAUAAAGAUUAUGCGAAAGAAAUUCAGUAUUUAUUGCGAUUCAGUGUCCAGCAUCUUGGAAUAAUUGUACGCAUUUUUGGUGACUCACUUAUGGAAGAGUUAUCGCAUGUCAGCAUUGUUACAGAGUCACUUCUUACUGAAUGUGAAGAUACCCGUAAUAUUAACUUGACAGCUCGACGUUUACUAGGUGCUAUUAAAUCUGCUCAGAUUGUUUUUGAUCGUGCUUCAGAAGUGCAUAGUCAUGUGACUGUGCUAAGUGAGUGUAUCGACGAUGCUUUUGAGGACCAAACUCGUCUCAUCGGUUCAUGUUUGAUAGAAGCUGCAGAAGACGGGACAUUGUACAACUUUGCUCACUACGCAGAUACACUUUUUAGUAACGAUUGUCGUGAGUGGAUAAGUAUUUUAGCUCAAACUCCUUGUAUUAUGCGGACACUUGCAAAUGAAUUUCAGAAGAUCCUACAAGUCACUCUUAGCAAUGCAUCUAGUCGUCGCCAAGCUGAGAUAAAAUUACGUUUUUCUGAUCCACAUUCAUGUCAGUUAUGUACCACAAGUUUUGGUUAUGAUCCAAUUGGCCUGACAUCUUCCGGACCAUCUUCAGGUUCAUGUUGUGUUUUAACCCAUCACUCUGACAGUCCACAAUCUUAUUGGUCGAAUAUGUUAUCUGGACACACUAACUAUAGUGGUAUAAGUACAAGUGUUAGCAGUGCAAGUGGUUCAGUUGACCGUGUUACUACUAUGCCUGUACCUUUCAGUCCUAUUUUUACAAGCCAUGGAUUUAAUCAUUCUUCAUCUUUCACAUCAUUUACAAAUCCACGACAACCUAGGGCAACAGAUCAUUUUCUGUAUAGUAAUAUGAAACAUAUAUCUGGUCAAAGAUCAGUUAGCAAUUCACCAUCAUCUCUUCAACCAUUUCACAAAUCUAUACUGGAAUCUACAAAUCAAGACAUCAAUCACGGUCAAACUACGGAAGUAAUUGGUUUAUCAACAUCAUCUUCAUCAUCUGCAGUCAAUGAUGACAGCAUAAAAACUAAUCCUGAUAAUGAGUCAUCUAGUGUGCAUGAAAAAGGUUUCUCAGAUGAUACUGAUAACUGUUCUUCAGAACCUGGCUCAUUCAAAGAAAAUCAAGCACAAUUAAUGGAACUUUUUAAUUUUAGUAGUGAUAUGACUAGCAUUUUACCAACUUGUAAUCAUAUGGUAAUCGCUUUUCGUUACCUUCUACCUCAACUUCUGCUUCUACCAAAUUUCCAAUUGUUGUAUCUGGCAGAUCAUAUUGAGGCUCUAUAUACUCAUGCUACUGAAGAAAAUGAACAAUCGACUCUCAAAGAUGUAAUAUCCUUGCUUUCGAAAACCAGGUCCACUGUAUCCAAUGCAUUAUUUAAUCAAGACUGGGUGAAAUCUGUCUCUCCGACGUUAGCUUUCUUCUUGAAAACUCCUUUCUGUUCUAAUCUCUAUCCAGCUGAAGGUAGAAGUAAAUUGGAAGAAUUGAUUUCUUCAGUUCGUCGCAUGCAACACUCUUCUGAACUUCCACUUGUUAUGUCCGAGUUUCUGAUGGAUGGCCCAGUGCAAGUACGAGUUGAUCACGGUCGUCCAAAGAAAUCUGAACGAAUUGCUUACCUGUUUAGUAAUUGGCUUCUAUUGUGUAAAAAGCAAAAACGUGUACUAAGUAAUGUUGUGUCAUCUUCGUCGUCAUCAUCCAAUGCAAACUAUGUGUUAAAAGUGAAAAAACGCAUUUGCCUAGAACAGUUUCAUAUAAUCGAUGUAGCUUCAGAGUUCAGUGACAAUAAUGGUAUGUUAUUUCUCUUUGACUUGGAAUGUUGGGAAGCUCCUAAAUUGUCAUCUAUCAUGUCUAAUGUACAAACGAACACAACUAGUUCGUUUAAUACCAAUACACUCUCGUCUUGUAAUUCUUCUGUUAUACAAGCAGAAACACAGUCUAUACUUUCUGGUUCAUCCAAUCAUCAUUAUCAACCUCAAAUUGGCAGUGUACUUUCUGUUUCUACACUUACAAGUACUAACACAUUGAUUGAUCAUACCGUUGACUUAAAUAACAUUGGAAAUAAUAAUAGUAAUAAUGAAAAUGACAAAUCAUUAAUUCUACCAACCGCUGGUGAUGCAGUGGAAGCUUCAAACAAUGCUUUAUUGGAGGUGAUCUCAUCUUAUCCAAAACAGCGUUUCACAUUUAUUUUCUAUAAUAAAGAAGAUAAAGCCAAUUGGAUAUCAGCUUUAGUGUAUCUUCAUUUAGCUAGACUGUUUAAACGAUAUCUCACGUCCCUCCCUCGUCAAGAUCUUCCCUUGAUUUUACCAUCUCCUUCAGUUUACCGAUAUUCUGUUCCCGACUCUCCAUCUAAUAUUAUAUUUGAAUCUUCUCAAACAGAUGGUAGCGCAGGGAUUCCUGUUAUUCGUGCUGCUACAAUUUUGAAACUUAUUGAACGAAUGACAUAUCAUGAAUAUUUUGACAAUAAAACUUUGAAUGCAUUUCUUUUGACAUACCGACGUUAUAUUUCUUCGUUGGAGUUGUUGGAUUUAUUAAUUGAGCGAUUUAAUAUACCAAAUCCAGAUUUUACUGAGGCUGCUAAUGAAACAUUCAAUUCAAUCAAAGAACGUGAUGGUUUACUUACUGUUGCUUUACGUUUAGAACAACGUUUCCGUUCAGUGUAUAAACGGCGUGUACAAUACAGGGUUUUAAAUUUCAUUAUUAAAUGGGUGAAAAAUUCUUCUUAUUAUAAACUUGACAUAUUACCAGACACUGUAUUACGCAGUAGGUUGUGGGAUUUCCUAGACACUGUACAUGCUCGUAAUUUAUCUGACAAUGUGACAAAUAUUCGUAAAUCUCUUCUUGGUGAUAGAAUAAGAUUAAUCCAGACAAUUGAACAACUUCCACCUGAACAACUUGAUUUCGGUUUGGUUACAUCACCAGAUGACGUCAAAUUAACCACAGUUCAUCCGUUAGAAUUCGCACGUCAAGUAACACUAUAUGAAUGGGAGUUAUAUUCUCGCAUUGAAUUUUGGGAAGUCACUGGUAAGGAAAAAAUCAAAUCUCCCAAUUUCGAAUUAUCACUCCAGUUUUCCAAUAAGUUUAAAUGUUGGUUAGUUAGUUCGAUAAUGUCAGCUGAACACUUAGAGGACAGAAUGGUUAUUAUGCAACGUGUUGCUGAUCUGUUAGUAUACUUCGAUAGUUUGAAUAAUUUACAAGGUGUUCAAGAAGCCAAAGCUGCUCUAUUGAGUUCUCCAGUAUUUCGACUAAGUGAAACCUACGAUGCUUUAAUUUCCAAAUCAAAAUGUCAUUAUCGUAACUUUUUUGAAUCACUGCGUCAGUUCGUUCAAGAUGAUACCGCAAACGUUUAUUUUACCGAUUAUCAAGAAAAAUUGCAUCGAAUUCAUCCACCCGGUCUCCCGUUUAUUGCAGUCGGGGAUAAGACACAACUGAUACAUUUAGAAUUGAAGCAUCCGGAUUGGGUAAAUGCCUCUACGUUGCCAUUUUCAACUGUACCAGACACACAGAAUUGUAGUAGUGGUUGUUUGGUUAACUUUUGGAAGUGUCGUCAAUUAGCUGAACUUGUUGAAUAUUAUUUGUCUUUUCAGCAAACUCCGUAUAAUUUCUCCAUAAAUAAGCCUAUCCGUGGUUUCCUAGAGACAUUAAACCCAUUGAAUACAUGGGGUGUUGACAAUGAGAAUUUAUUUGACGAUAUUAUGUAUGAAAAAUCUUUGAAAAUUCAGCCUAAGCGAUCUGAUUCACUUUGUACAGUAUCUCGGGAACGUAAUCUAAAGCCUGUAGAAAUAAAAAUCGCAGCUGCAUUAAAUCUUGUUCAACCGGAUCCCAAGUUAACCGCUGAAUCUCGGGAGUUUCGUAGUCUUCUUCAGAUGAUUUCUACUGUUACAAACCGUUUAUCAACCCUAACUUCAACAUCCGAGAACCAAUUUGUGAAAGAGUUUUCUAAUAUGCCCGAUAAAGCUGUUGAGCAGACAAGUGAUAAAUCAAAUACAGUUGCAUCCUUAACAUUAAAUGACCCUUUGUCAUCUCUACGAAAUUCUAAUGAUAAUUCAUCUCUAAUAUCUGAUCCUGACAAACGUUCAAGUCAUUUGAAGUCUUUUUUAAUGAACACAUGUACUACUACUUCAUCGUCAUCACCUGAAACACUUCUUCACAAUGAUAGUUCUCAAUUUAAACCAGUCGAUACUUUUCCCGUUGAUGCUCAUGUAAAAGGUGAUAAUGCACAAACUGUGUGCCUUUCUUCCCCACCGCCUCUACCUCCUCGAAUUAGUAGAUCGAUUCAGCGAAAUGUGCAUUCAGAACAGUUUAGCAAUCCGAUCGCAGCAUUUCAAGAAUCUUCUCAUAGUGUAUCUAACUCCACCUUUUCAAAUAUCAGAGAUAUAUCACCUGCAGAGUGCUUUCCAACCAACGUUACCAUGACUGCUACUCACGGUGAUAUUUCGCAGCUGCCAUUAGAUGUCUCCUUGGGAUUAGAAAAUUCAUCUAUAAUCAAUUCGUCGGCUACAUGCGACGAUGUUGAUCCUCCCCCAAGACCAUCUCGUCGUAGAUUAACUUCUUUAUCGUCUGUAACAGGUGAAAAAGGUCCCUUUUGGUCAAAUCUAGUCACCAAAACGUCAGAUAACAUUAAUAUAAGUACAAAUAAUUCAAUAGAUAAUGUAUCAAAUCCGCCUAUUCUACCUCCUCGUAUUCAUCAUCAUGGUGGAGAAGUAAAUUCAUCACGAUUAUUUAAAAAUAAUAGUCCAUUAAUUCAAGAUAAUAAUAAUACUUUAAAAGAAGAUAGUUUAUGUAUAAAUGCUGGAUUAACAAAUGUAUCUCAUAUUUUAUCACAUAAUUUCACAAACAUAAAUCGUUCUCUAUCAUCUCCAUCACCACCUCCAUUACCUCCGAAAAAAUCAACUACACCAAAUAUCUAAAACAAAAGUAUGUAAAUAUUAUUUUGUUUUACUCUGUAACACUAAUUUCUUUUUCUUGUAUAGAUUGUCAUAUUUUAUUUGCAUUCAAUACUACUUAUUACUUACUAUUUUCACUUAUAAUAAAUGUAAUUAAAUCACUUUUCUUCUGACAUAAUUCAAGGAUAUAUAUAUAUCCCUUAUAUAAAAAAACAAACAUAUUUUUUUGUAGCGAAUCUUAAUGAAUUCUCUUUUCAUUACUUUUUUGUACAUAAUACAUAUGUGUAUUCCUAUUAUAUUACACUUUGUAAUAUUUUUGUGUCUUCGUUUACUUUCCGAUUAAGAUUUAUUGUAUUUUUCCUUUUUUUUGUCUUCUUUAUUUCUGUAAAAAAACACAACAACUAAUCAAUAUAUAAUAAGUUUCUCAUCUAAUCUCUAUUGUUAAUAUUGUCCGGUAUAAUUAAUUUCUGCCAUCUCUUCAUUUCCAUCUUGUUUUUUUUAUUCACUUUCAACUUUAAUUUUUUAUGUAAUAAAUGAUUUACAUCAAUAUGACAAUUAUAAACUACAUGUAUAAUUGGUCUGUGAAAAGUGUUUUUAUAAAUUCACAUUAACUAAAAGUGGAGUUACUUACUACUCUCUUGUUAAGAUUUACACUGGUUAAUGUAACUACUAUAUAUGUAUAAUUAUUGUAAACUAGUUUGCUUGAAUAAAUCAUUAUUCUCGUUUUGCCUGUUGGUACACUUUAUAUUCUUUUAGAAGCAUUCAAAAAAAAACUUUUGAAUGUACACCUUUGUUUGUUUGUUUUUACUCAAAUAAAGUAUGUUUUACACAUCUUGUAAAAAUAGCAUGGUGUAAAGUGAGAUUAAUGAUAAUAGCAUUUUUAAACUCAUCAUGAAACAUAUACAUAUCCCACUCUAUAAUUCACAUAAUCAACUGUUCUUCGUAUUCUUCAUCUUAUUGCAUCUAAAUUACAUUCUGG